UACAUCCGGCGAAUCCUGAGAAGUGCCGACUAAGGUCGAAGAAAAAUUAAACAAUUCCGACAGAGGUCGAGGAUAAGCUACGACAAUCUGACGACGGCCAAGACGGUGUUCCGGCUAAUUGUAUUUUCGGAAAUAAAUAUUUGCGGGUGAGCCCAGUUAUUUUCAAUCGAUGGCUAAUAUGGUUACGACAAUUGAGCCGUACCGUAAGGGUACAUCCUUCUCCGAUUGGGAGGAGAGGCUCGGUUAUUAUUUUAUCAUGAAUAAUGUUACAGACGAAUCCAAAAAGGCCCAUUUUGUGACACUGGGUGGUCCCAUAAUUUUUUCAGAACUCAAAUUAUUAUUUCCAAAUGGCAAAUUGGUGGAAGCACCAUAUAAUGAAAUUGUGGCCAAGUUAAAAUUGCGUUUCGAUAAAGUAGAAUCAGAUUUGAUUCAGCGUUUCAAAUUUCAUCAGCGAGUACAACAGCUAGAUGAAACGGUGGAAGAUUUUAUAUUGGCGAUAAAACUCCAAGCAGAAUUCUGCACUUUUGGAGACCACAAACAUACUGCUAUUCGAGACAGGGUGGUUGCUGGUUUGAGAGACAAAGCUCUCCAGCAAAGACUCCUUAAUGAGGAUAAUCUCACACUCGAAUCAGCGGAAAAAAUCAUAGCAACGUGGGUGAUCGCGGGCUCGAACGCUAGAGUUCUUGAUGCUGCUAAUGGAAAUAUGCUAAACAGAGCAACUAUAGUGGAUAAUCCCACUAACAGUCCGGCUAUAAAUGUCUUACAUCGAUUUGCAAAUGCAACAAGACUUCAAAAAAAUCAAGAUCCAAGGGAAGGUAGCUCAAGGGGGCCGGUAAAAAGCCGUUUAGGGUAUAUGGACCGAAAAGUGCACUUCAACAAUUAUAACCAAAAUGGUUUGAAUAAAAAUUUUAAAAAAUUUGAACGAUUCCGACCUGAUUUUUCAAACAUGAUUUGCACAUUUUGUAAGAAAAAAGGGCAUAUUAAAAGUAAAUGUUUUGCCUUGAGGAAUCUUAGAAAAGAUACAGUAAAUGUUGUAAACACAUUUAGCCCUGGACCUAGUGCGGACAGACAUUUAAGCGACCUACUGAACAGAAUGACGACGGAUUUGAGGAAUGCAUCCGACAGCGAGGAGGACAAAGGUACAGAUGUUUUGAAUUGCAUGCAUGUUUCUUCUAUUUCAGGUGUAAAUAAUCCUUGUGUAAUUAAAUGUAAAAUUGAAAACAAAUUGAUAAAUAUGGAAAUAGAUUGUGGGGCAUCAGUGUCAGUCAUGAGUAAAUUACAGUAUGAGUCUAAUUUUAUGAACAAUUUGAGUAAAUGCAGUAAACAAUUAAUGGUAGUUAAUGGGUCAAAGUUGAAAAUAGUGGGAGAAACUAAUGUUUCGAUUGAGCUAAAUGGUUUUAAAAGUAUUUUGAAAUUAUUUGUGAUAGACUGCAAUAACGUUUUUGUUCCCCUAAUGGGUAGACCGUGGUUGGACGUAUUUUUCCCGAAAUGGAGAGAUUUAUUUUCAGGAAACCAUACAAUUAAUAGGGUAAAUGAUCAGAGUACGAAUAAUCUUGUGGAAGAAAUUAAACAGAAAUUUUCAAGUGUUUUUUUAAAGGAUUUUUCUUCACCAAUUAAAGGUUUUGAAGCAAAUUUGGUGUUGAAAAAUAGUAUACCAAUUUUCAAAAAAGCUUACGACGUACCUUUCCGUCUAAAAGAUAAGGUAUUAAAAUAUUUAGAAAAAAUGGAAAAAGAGAAAGUCAUUACACCAAUUCAAACCAGUGAAUGGGCUUCACCGGUGAUUAUAGUUAUGAAAAAGAAUAAUGAAAUCAGAAUGGUUAUCGAUUGCAAAGUUUCAAUCAAUAAACAUAUAAUUGCUAAUACAUAUCCUUUACCAAUAACACAAGAUUUAUUUGCAAAUUUAUCGGGCAGCAAAAUAUUUUGUUUGCUAGACUUAGAGGGGGCGUAUACACAGUUAAAACUAUCGGAAAGAUCAAAACAAUUUAUGGUAAUUAAUACAAUUAAAGGUUUAUACACAUAUAACAGGCUUCCACAAGGUGCAUCGUCCAGUGCGUCAAUAUUCCAGCAGGUCAUGGACCAAGUUUUAGAGGGAAUUGAGAGAGUUUCGUGUUAUUUAGAUGAUGUGCUUAUUUCAGGAAAAGAUUUAGAUGAUUGUGCUCAAAAACUUAAUAAAGUUUUACAGCGAUUGCUGGAAGCCAACAUCAAAGUAAAUUGGGACAAGUGUAAAUUCUUCGUUGAAGAGUUAAAAUAUUUGGGUCUUAUUAUAAAUGAGAAAGGAUUAUUUCCUUGUUCCGAUAAAAUUUCUACGAUUAAAAAUGCGAAAGAGCCUAAAAACACUACAGAACUAAAAUCUUUUCUAGGACUAAUAAAUUAUUAUCAUCGCUUUAUACCACAUUUAUCAGAAAAACUGUAUUGUCUUUAUAAUUUAUUGAAAAAUAAUACCAAAUAUGUUUGGGACGAAAAUUGUAACAAAACCUUUGAAGAAAGCAAAUCUUUACUAUUGUCAACUAAUUUUUUGGAAUUUUAUGACCCAGAAAAACCCAUUGUGAUAAUUUCUGACGCAUCCGGCUAUGGCCUGGGAGGAGUUUUAGCUCAUAUAAUAGAAGGAAUUGAAAAGCCAGUUUGUUUUACAUCAUGUUCGCUGAAUUCAGCACAGAAAUCAUACCCAAUUUUGCAUUUAGAGGCAUUGGCCCUAGUUACAACGAUAAAAAAGUUUCACAAAUAUUUAUUUGGGAAGAAAUUUCAGAUUUAUACAGAUCACAAACCACUAGUUGGUAUUUUUGGCAAAACUGGGAAAAAUUCAAUUUAUGUGACGAGAUUGCAAAGGUACAUUUUAGAACUGUCAAUAUACGAUUUCGAUAUUCAAUAUAGACCGUCUCAUAAAAUGGGUAAUGCAGAUUUCUGCUCUCGUUUUCCUUUAGAAACGCCAGUGCCAGAAAGAUAUGAUGGAGAUGAAUUUAUUAGAAGCAUAAACUUUAGCAAAGAUAUGCCAUUAAAUUUCGAAUUUAUUGCCAAUGAAACUAAAGAAGAUAGGUUUAUACAAAAUAUUUUAAAAUUUAUGAGCAAUGGAUGGCCAAGGAAAAUGGAUAGAAGUUUUACGAAUGUUUACGCGAAUCAACAUGAUCUUGAAUCGGUUGAAGGGUGUUUAAUGUACCAAGAUAGGGUGGUGAUUCCACUGAAAUUGCAGAACGCAAUUCUGAAACUUCUGCAUGGCAAUCAUAUAGGCAUCGUAAAGAUGAAACAGCUCGCUAGACGGACAGUUUACUGGUUUGGCAUUAAUAAUGAUAUAGAAAAAUUUGUUGGCAAAUGCUUCAGUUGUAAUAGUAUGGCAGUGGCUAAGAAACCUAAAACUGAAUCCAACUGGAUUCCAACGACAAAACCUUUUAGUCGUAUUCACGUGGAUUUUUUUCAUUUCUCCCAUCAUACUUUUCUGUUAUUGGUAGACAGUUAUUCAAAAUGGUUAGAGAUUAAUUGGAUGAAGAGAGGAACAGACUGUAGUAACGUUUUAAAAUGCAUAGUGGGCUAUUUUGCUCGAUUCGGACUACCGGACGUCUUAGUUUCUGACGGCGGUCCACCAUUUAACUCUCAUGCUUUUAUAAGUUUUUUAGAGAGACAGGGAAUUAAAGUCCUCAAAAGCCCGCCUUACAAUCCUUCAAGUAAUGGUCAAGCGGAGCGAUUGGUAAGAACAACCAAAGAGGUAUUAAAGAAAUUUUUAUUAGAACCGGAAGUGUCUGAGUUGAAUUUGGAGGAUCAGAUAAAUUUGUUUCUGUUUAAUUAUCGAAAUAAUUGUUUAACAAGUGAUGGACACUUUCCAUCAGAGAAAAUAUUCUCAUAUAAACCAAAGACUUUAAUAGAUUUAGUAAACCCUAAAUUGGGUUAUAAAAGACAUUUGCUUUUUUCGCAAACAAAAGAUGAUGAAAAUAUAGAAAAUGAUAGGAUUACGUUUCGCAAGGAACAGAAUGAUCCAUUAAAUGAACUGAUUGAAGGGGAUGAAAUAUGGUAUAAAAACCAUAACCAAAAUAAUAAAGCAAGAUGGUUAAAGGCAACCUUUUUAAAACGAGUUUCAAAACACAUAUUUCAGAUUACCAUUGGAAACGUCCGGGCAGAGGCCCAUCGGGACCAAAUAAGGGUGUCUAAGGACCAAUCGGAGUUAUGUAGACCGAAUCUUCUCGUUACGGCUUCAUCUGAGAAGCGAUCGAGAAACAUGGAAGAGGAAGACGAAGAGUUUUAUGGAUUUCCCGAAAUCGGCGAAGCACAGUCUAGGAAAUCAUCGAGAAAGCGCAAUUUGGAAGAGACCUCAAUGGGUCAAUCGAACGAUUUUCCUAGGCGUUCGAAGCGGAAGAAAACGGCAAAGGCUGGAAAUGAUUUCAUUUAUUAUUGAAUUUUUCAAACAUUUGAAUUCGAAUAAAUUAAGUAAAUAAUAUUGUAAAAUAGUUAAAUUACAUACUAAGCUAAUGUAAAUCAAAAUUUGUUAAUGAACUUUUUUAAAAGGAUAAGAGUUGUUAUAUACUGUUAUAUAACUUAACGAAGAAAAGAUAUUUAAAGAGCCGAGAUACUGGCAACACUGUAUAAAACAGUGAAACUAAAAUAAAGAUCACUCGAGAGUAGCGAGUCAGUUGCUUACAGACUA